CUGGAGCUCCUCCUGGGCCAAAUGUAUUGCUUCGCGGCACAGACGUAAAUGCUGGGCUUGCUUCUGCCUCAGCAGGUCGUUGGAUAAUUGGCCCUCUCUAAACUGCUGUGCUGAUAAUCCUAUAUCUUGUUUGUUUUACGCACUGGCCUUAUUCAUGAUAAUGCAAUGUGUGGCAUAGUUUUCCACUACUCUUCUUACCGCUCGUUAGAAAACAAACAUUAUCUGUUGUUUGAUCAGCUUUGAUGGAGAGACAUACAGGAACCAUCCCCUGCUUUAAUAUUUUUAGCUUUCAGUUCUGCAGAGUAAUAGCACAGACUUUGAGUGGCUCACUCUGAGUGCAGCAUCAAUUUAAUCUUACAAGGCUGCAGACUGUGUGGCUUUUUGGAGUUAAAUCAAAUCCAUGUAUCUUUGCAGGACAAAAAAAGCCCCCGUCCUUUUGUGCAUGCCUACCAGGUCCCAGCAGGGAGCGAGAUUACAGAUCUGAUAGAUAUGAAAUCAGAUAGGAGCUGCUUUUAGAGAAAGUGUACAGAGAGAGAGAGAGAGAGAGAGAAGCUGUACUACAGGAGAAUUUCUGCCUCAGAAGAUUUAGAGCCUUUUCAGGGAUGACGCAUUUGAUCCUGGCUGAAGGUACUUUAUGUCUUUUAUUUGGGGGGAUUCCAUCUGGCUCUUUUGGAUUCUACCUGGCUGCAAUUUGUCCUUAUUUUAGAAGAAGCCAUUGUUUUUCAGUUACACAGAAUACUUGCCCAUGAGGAGGCCGUUCGUUCUUUGCUGGGCAGAGAGAGCCUUACCCAUUUACUCAAGCUGUGCUCCUCAGCUUUGCUAAGUCUGUUGGACAGCUCAUCGUGGAGAAGACUACUGACUACCCCUCCAAGGAGUUCUCACUGGCGGAGGAUGCAGCACAGCACUUUGCCCGUUUAAUGGACAGGCUCAACGAGCAGCGCCUCUUCCAGCCGGACCUUUGCGACGUGGACCUCGUGCUGGUGCGCCAGUGCAGUACCUUCCCCGCCCACAAGGGGGUGCUGGCUGCCCAUAGCCCCUUCUUCCAGGCACUGUUCACGCAGGGCAAGCAGCAGAAGCAGACACAGCAGACGACUCAGCAGCAGCAGCAGAGGGAGCUGAGACGCGUGGACCUGUCCCUGGAGGCGCUCACCAGCCAGGGCCUCACCCAGAUCCUUAACUUCAUCUACACGUCGCGGCUGCUGGUGAGCGGCGGCACGGUGCGAGACGUGCUCAACGCCGCCACCUUGCUGCAGAUGAGCGACGUCGCGGCCUCCUGCCACGAGCUCAUCAGCAGUCAGGCGCUGGGCCUGACACCGCCGCCGCCGCCGAAGGCCUGCAACGCCAUCGGCAUGGCCAACCGGGAGGGCCGGGGAGAGGUGGGACUGACCGCUGGCGGUGCCACCCAGCUGUACCGCGAGAUCAAGCAGGAGGCAGAGCUGGGGAAGAUGUACGCCCGGGACGGGGGAAGUCCGUUUUCUGUGAGGAUGGAGGAAGGAGGAGGAGGAGGAGGAGGAGGGGGAGGGGGAAGAGCGCAACACCACACAGGCACACAGGUGCACCACGUCAGUCCACAUCCGAUGAGCGGCCAGGCCCACGGGUCGAGCCCGCAGGUCAAGCACUUCUUCAAGAAGGAUGACCUGGGGAGGGGUCUCUGCGGGGCGCUGGAACCAGAGGGGAUGGGGGCCUCCGACGGACACGUCUCCUUCAACCGUGACCAGAUCAUCGUGGAGGUGAAUCUCAACAAUCAAACGCUGAACGUGUCAAAGGGGUCCGAGGGCAAGCCGUCCGCCACAGACAGCGCCGUGUCUGUGCUGCUGGGUCAUCGCCACGACAACCGGCCUGACCUGGAGGAGGAGAACGAGGAGGAAGACAACGAUGAAGAUGGAGCAGACAUGGGAGGAGUGGAUGAGGCCGGAAAACAGAAAGAGGUGCUCUUGGCCAACAACAGUGAAGAUGACGAUGACGACAACGAUGAAGAUGAUGACUAUGAGGAAGAGGAGAACAACGACAACAUUCCAGCGGAGGAGAUGGGCAUGGCGGGGAGGCUUCGCCGUGGCACCAGGACUGCUGCAAUCGCCGCUGCAACUGUGUCCAUGCGUCAGAGACUAAACGACGCCAUGCUAGCUGACCGACACAAGGGCCGAAAGAGUGGGAAACAAGAACAGGAGGGAAUGGGACAGAAGGGUGUGUUUGUGGGGAUUCAGGUGCGGCUAGAGGAGAAGCAGCAUUUCCCCUGUAAGAAGUGCCCACGUGUAUUCAACAACCGCUGGUACUUGGAGAAGCACAUGAACGUGACACACAACCGCAUGCAGAUCUGCACCAAGUGUGGCAAACGCUUCCUGCUGGAGAGCGAGCUGCUGCUCCACCAUCAGACCAACUGUGAGAAGAGCAUACAGUGUGUGACGUGCGGAAAAGCCUUCAAGAAGCUCUGGUCGCUGCAUGAACACAACAAGAUUGUGCACGGCUAUGCAGAGAAAAAGUUCUCCUGCGAGAUCUGUGAGAAGAAGUUCUACACCAUGGCUCACGUACGGAAGCACAUGGUCGCCCACACCAAGGACAUGCCCUUCACGUGCGAGACCUGCGGUAAGUCCUUCAAGCGCAGCAUGUCUCUGAAGGUGCACUCCCUACAGCACUCUGGGGAGAAACCCUUCAAAUGUGAGAACUGCAGUGAGCGUUUCCAGUACAAGUACCAGCUGCGCUCCCACAUGAGCAUCCACAUCGGCCACAAGCAGUUCAUGUGCCAGUGGUGCGGCAAGGACUUCAACAUGAAGCAGUACUUCGACGAGCACAUGAAGACUCAUACCGGAGAGAAGCCGUACAUCUGCGAGAUCUGCGGCAAGAGCUUCACCAGCCGGCCCAACAUGAAGCGGCACCGGCGCACGCACACCGGCGAGAAGCCGUACCCCUGCGACGUGUGUGGCCAGCGCUUCCGCUUCUCCAACAUGCUCAAGGCGCACAAGGAGAAGUGCUUCCGGGUCAGCAACCCCAUGCUCUCCGAGGGCAGCCCGCUCGGCAUGGACUCAAUUGCCUCCCCUGGUGGUGACUUGGUGGAAGCGCAGCUGGCACUGCCAGCCUCGUCUGUGCCCCCGGCUGGGGGGGGCAACCCCCUCACCCUGCCCCUCCUCCACUCCAUGGGGGGGCUCUCCUCACCCCCAAACCUGCCCCCUCCACCUCCCCUCUUCUCUGCAGGAAGGAUAAACUCGACCAACAACUAACAAGCUAGUAUUGGCAGUACAAGUACCGUAUGGAAGUCCCUUGUUUUCCCCCCCUUGGUUUACUUUUUUCUAAUGUUACUUACAGUACAUAACCUCCAGGUCAGGUGGUCUUUCUCCAAAGAGAAGAGUCCUUGGUAACUGCAAAACAUAACAGUAUAUUUUCAGAGGAAUUCAGAAACUACUCAAGGAAGCACUACUAUAUAUCUUCCAGGUGUUUAACUCAAAUACAUACACAACAUAUUACAGAGGUUAUUUUUUUUAACUAUAUACUAACCACCUAAACUAGUCCUUAAUGAUGUCUUAUAGUAUUUUCUGUGUGACCAUACAUUGUCAUUUGCACAGCUUGUCUCCUUUUACCAACAAGCUUAGCUUGUGGUCUUGCGUAGCUUUAGUUAUAAUCUUCCCAUAAGCAACCAUUUCAAAGAAAAAGUUGAUGAUUUGGUGACUUUCAGCAGUUGUGCACCUUAGGUUACCAUAGGAAGAGCCAAAGGGGUUCUUUGUGGGAUGAAUGCUGUUUUUUCAGAUCAUGGUACCUGGUGUUAUAGUUUACCUCACCUCUCUCAGACGGAACGUCAUCUGCGGUAGAGAUUCACCUCUCAUUUGACUGUUUUUGUCGUUAACUCUGCCGUCUUUAUUGCUUCCAUUCAUGUCUGAGGACGCCAAUGGAGUCUUCAACUGUCCCCGAAGAGGAAACAUACAGGGACACGGUGACAAAAAAAAGGAACUUUAAAUGUGUUCAGAACUCUGAAUCUGAACUAUUAUUGAAUGGCACCCAGAUAGCGCUUGCAACGUUGAGCAGGAAGGGGUCUCAACAAUCACCUUCCGCAUUAUUUUUAAAAUCAAGUAGAAGUGUGUGUUCUAUAGUGAUAACCAAAUUGUGAUUCGUUGGAACCUGUAUUCUGUAUACCGCAUUGCAAUAACCAAAUCCUGUCAGCUCCCCUACUCCUGCUACAUAUAUAAUACGACAUUUAUACUCUACCCUGCACCUUAUUUUUAACCUUAGUGAUAUUUAUACUGUUCUAUAUUUGUGUUCUUUGAGACACUAAGAGACUUAGUGUUUUUAUAAUGCGCGGUACAUUACACCGUUCUAAAGGCUUUGGAAUGGUCAUCUGAGGAACCCUGUGCAGUGCAUAGGUUAGAAUGGAAUUAUAUAUGUGUGUGUGUGUGAGAAAGUGUGAGUGUGUGGAAAUGUGAAAAGGUCUUAUGUAGGACAAGAGCUCUGCUUAAUCUGGUCAUGUGACCCUAAAUUAGCCAAUCACACAAAAGUGUUCCCCAGAUACAGUAGGUUGACAUAGAGAUUUCUUGUUUGCCCUAACUGUUGUUCCCCCAAUUGAAUUUUGCUUAUGUUAAGCAAACUGUUUUGUUUCUACUUUGCAUCGUUGUGAAAUGGCACUUUGCUGAUAGCUUCGGCUGAUGGCUACAGAUUAUCUGUUGGAGAAAGAGAAUGAUGUGGAAGCAACUGUUAAUUGAUUAUAAAUUAGGUUUGUAUGCUUGAGUGGAAGACCCUAACAGAUGCAGCACUGAACAAGAGCUCUGGGGUAGGCCAGGCAGUAUAGGCAUGUGAGAUUUAGAAUAAUGGUUUUCAUUGUUGAUGGGGGCCCACUAUUCCUUGGUACACUUCUGGUCUGGUCUGGUCUGUGGUUCGACACAAUGCGUCAUAAAAUCAUGUUUUAUUAAAUCAAUAUUCAUUUCAACUGUUACCUGUGUUUGAUGCAGUCCGAUGUUGUAUGAAUACAUAUAUUCAUGUUGUUGGACAGACAAUGCCCCCCCUGAUAUGGCAAGGUAGUUCAACAAAAGGGUUAACAUUCCAUUACCUCUAAGAGAUCACUUAAUUAUUUUAUUCAAAUUUAUUUUCAUUUAUUGUAAUAUUUUACAAUAUUGUAAAAUUUUCAAGUAAAGCAAAUUAUGUUGGUUAACUUUUAAAAGUUUAUGAAAAUGUGCAAUUUGGGCUUAUGAUUGAGAACUGAGAUUCGAAAAAGCGCUUUAAACCAAUGAUGUGGGCAAUUGCUUGUAGCAGCAAAUAUGAAUAUAUACUACAAAGUGAUGUGUAGGCUCUAUAGAAAUAUACCACAAAUGGGUGAUAUACUUCCCAUAAUGUUUUUGGAAUGACCAACCCCCCAUCUACACCCCCAUGUUUACAAGCACUAAGAGGAAGGAGAAUGACAUUCUCCAUACUGGCUAAUGCAGAUGGAGUCCUUUGAACGUUGUGGUUAAGCUUUUGCAUCUGUUACCAUAAGCUGUGCUGUGUUCUUUCUUGCAUGUAUGAUAAUAUAUAGGAUGUACAAGCUUAUACAGUAUGUCCCAGCUACUUAAACGAUGGACGACGUUCUGUCAGUGAUUACCUAAUGCUCUUUGUCAUAAUACAUUUGUUUGUUUGUUUGUUUUAAUUUUAGUUUGUUGGUUUAUUUUUGCGUCCAUUGCCAAUGUAGUCCUUAGAAGCCUAACUUCAGG